AUGAAUUAUGAGGAAGCCAGGAGUGAGAGAGAGAAGCACCCUGCUGAUGACUCCGAGGGAGGGGCCCUGGACAUGUGCUGCAGCGAGAAGCUGCCGGGUCUCCCCCAGCCGGUAGUGAUGGAGGCGCUGGACCAGGCCGAAGGGCUCGCGGACUCUCCGAGAGAAAUGCCACCGCCCCCACCGCCUUCACAGCCCUCAGAGCCAGCUCAGAAGCCACCACCUCGAGGCGUCGGGAGCCACUCCCUCCCUGUCAGGAACAGCCUGUGCCUGUUGGCUGCCUCCCAGUUCCUGCUUGCCUGCGGGGUGCUCUGGCUCAGCGGCUAUGGCCCCAUCUGGUCACAGAAUGCCACAGACCUCAUCUCCUCCUUGCUCACACUCCCGGAACAGCUGGGACCCAUGGCCUGGCUGGGCAUUGGGACCUGGGAAGUCCCCAAUCUGCUGCUGGUUACUCUGUCUGUGAUCCUCAUUACCACCCUGGUGUGGCACCUCCUGAGGGCUCCCCCAGAGCCACCCGCCCCACCGCGCCCUGAGGAUAGACGCCAGUCCGUGAGCCGCCAGCCUUCCUUCACCUACUCCGAGUGGAUGGAAGAGAAGGUCGAGGAUGACUUCCUAGACCUGGACCCUGUCCCUGAGACUCCUGUGUUUGACUUCGUGAUGGACAUCAAGCCGGAGGCCGACCCUGCCUCACUCACCGUCAAGUCCAUGGGUCUACAGGAAAGGAGGGGCUCCAAUGUCUCCCUGACCCUGGACAUGUGCACACCAGGCUGCAAUGAGGAGGGCUUCGGCUAUCUCAUGUCCCCACGUGAGGAGUCAGCCCGCGAGUACCUGCUCAGCGCCUCCCGUGUCCUGCAGGCCAAGGAGCUUCACGAGAAGGCCCUGGACCCCUUCCUGCUGCAGGCAGAAUUCUUUGAAAUCCCCAUGAACUUUGUGGAUCCGAAGGAGUAUGACAUCCCUGGGCUGGUGCGGAAGAACCGGUACAAAACCAUCCUUCCCAACCCCCACAGCAGAGUAUGUCUGACCUCGCCAGACCCCGAUGACCCUCUGAGUUCCUACAUCAACGCCAACUACAUCCGGGGCUACGGUGGGGAGGAGAAGGUGUACAUUGCCACGCAGGGACCCAUCGUCAGCACGGUCAGCGACUUCUGGCGCAUGGUGUGGCAGGAGCAGACACCCAUCAUCGUCAUGAUCACCAACAUCGAGGAGAUGAAUGAGAAGUGCACUGAGUAUUGGCCGGAGGAGCAGGUGAUGUACGACGGAGUGGAGAUCACUGUGCAGAAAGUCAUUCAUACCGAGGAUUACCGGCUGCGACUCAUCUCCCUCAGGAGCGGGACCGAAGAGCGAGGCCUGAAGCAUUACUGGUUCACGUCCUGGCCCGACCAGAAGACCCCAGACCGGGCCCCCCCACUCCUGCACCUGGUGCGGGAGGUGGAGGAGGCCGCCCGGCAGGAGGGGCCCCGCUGCGCCCCCAUCGUCGUCCACUGCAGUGCAGGGAUUGGGAGGACGGGCUGCUUCAUCGCCACCAGCAUCUGCUGCCAGCAGCUGCGGCAGGAGGGAGUGGUGGACAUCCUUAAGACCACGUGCCAGCUCCGUCAGGACAGGGAUGCAGCAAAAGUAGCUGUGAUGCUGCUGCUGGCAGGCGGGGGUCACUCCAGGGCAUGGGAGGAUCCAGGGCAGGGCUGCUGA